AUGGUGCAAAUAUUGCAAUCAUGGGCCAGUGUACAAGCCGCAGUCGCCAUAGUAACGAUAGGACGGAAAUACAGUACAUUGAGCUCAUUUGGCAAGAAGCAGAUAGCCAAGACUGUUAGAGAUAUUGUCAACCAGAAAAACGCAAUGAAUCCUGCUGAAAACUGCCAGAGGCGGAGGAACAUGAAGUUGAAGGCAAAUUUCGGGAGAAUCAUAGCAAACGCGAUGAAGCCGAAUAUUGUUAUGAGGCAGGAGGCUAUGAACUGA